GAGAAAAGGAGUGGGGGGGAGAGCGAGAAGGGGUUUUCGCUUUUUGGUUGCAAACUGUAGAGCGAAGAGCGUUCGAGUAGUGAGCGAAAGAGGUUUUCUUUCUUCUUUCCGGUUGUUGUCGCGGCGGAACCCUAGCUACUCCGGUGGUGCGACAAAGGGUGUGUGAGAGAGAAAGGGUGUGUGAGAGAGAAAGCGAGAGAGAGAAAGACAGUGACGAUGAGUGGGAAGGGCGGUGGCAAGGCGCUGUCGGCGACGAUUCCAGCGUCGUCGCGGAAGAUGGUUCAGAGCUUGAAGGAGAUUGUCUCCAAUUUCCCCGACCAUGAGAUCUACGCCACGCUCAAAGACUGUAACAUGGACCCUAACGAAGCUGUUAGUCGUCUCCUCUCACAAGAUCCUUUUCAUGAGGUGAAGAGCAAGCGAGAAAAGAAAAAAGAGAUUAAGGACCCAACAGAAUCCAGGUCUCGUGGGAGUGGGACAAACAACACAUCCAGUCGUGGCGGUGGUAGGGCUGGCACAGAUCGUAAUGGUGGACGUGGUGGUGCCAACCAAUUCGGCAGCAGUGAUUAUGGUCUGCAGGGGAAGCCUGUAUACAAGAAGGAAAAUGGGGCACCCACUUAUGGAGGGUCUACAUCCUCUGCACCUAGUGUGCUGGGAAACAAUGCGAACAUGAGACCGGCAUCCUACAGUGAUUCUGUGGUUACUGAAAAAACAUACGCAUUCAGCAUCGGUGAUGGACCAUCUUCAUCAUCACAACGUGCUGGAGUGCAAUCUGCAUGGGCAGGGAAUACGGGUCAAGUAUCAAUGGCCGACAUUGUCAAGAUGGGUAGGCCACAGGCCAGGCCAUCCAUGCAUAAUUCUUCCAUCCAGAGUGGUAAUCAUCAGAAUGUCUUCAUGCCUCCAGCAGCUUCAGAUAACAACUUGCAUUCAUCGCAAGGUUAUGCUUCCAAAGUUUCAGAAGCAAAUACUAAUCAAGGCCAUGCCAUUAGCGACAAUGUUCCACAGAAUGAUGAAUGGCCUUGUAUUGAGAACCAACAUGAUGUUAGAGUAUAUGCAGAUGUUGAUGCCCAUGCAAAUUCUGAGUGCUAUGCAAACUCGUCAAGCUUUGCUGAAGCUGAUUGGCAGCAGAAAACUCACUUGGAUGAACAUGGAGCUGAAGAUGGUUCCGUUGAGAAUGCAGACAAUGCUGAAUCUGCUUCUAUAUCCGCUAAAAGUACUUCAGAGGAUAACACAGGAGCUGAAGAUGAUGUUUCAUCAGUUGCUGCAAACAUAGAGCAGCUAAAUAUACAGAGAGAUGAUCAGGGGACAGCACAAGAAGAUGACAAUCCUUCUGUAGUAAUUCCAAAUCACCUACAACUCCAUACUCCAGAAUGCAUGAAUCUGAGCUUUGGAAGUUUUGGAUCUGCAAACCCCCUUUCUGGAUCUGGGUCAUUUACAUCUAGGUCUUUGAAAGGUAACUUGGAGGAUACAUCUGGUGCAGUGGAUGCUUCAACAAUUGAAAACUCAGACACUAGAAAUCCUGACUAUUAUGGGGAUGAGCAUCUUACUACUACUACCUCAGAUGGAAAUUUAGUUCAAGGAACUGGUGUGAGUGCUGGGACCUAUGAACAUACUUCCAUUUCACAAGAGGCUUUAAAACCCGAACCCCCUGAAAUUGCUCAGGAAAAUCAGUAUUCAUUUCCAUCACAUUCUCAUGGAUUUAAUUAUGAAAAUGCCCAACAGCCGGAGGUCCCAUUUCCUGUUUCACAGACCAGCUCACAGAAUCAGAAUCUUGCUCCCUUCUCUGGUGUAAUGCAGGCACAUACAAAUUCUUUGCCCAGUGCUCUGUUGUCUUCACCAGUUCAAACAGCAAGAGAAGAUAUCCCAUACUUACCCUUCCCUGCAACACAAUCGAUGCCUACAAAAUAUAGUGACAUUGCUUCUUCAAUUGGUGGUUCCACCAUAACCAUGUCAGAGGCUCUAAGGGCUAGCGGCAUUUCUGCACCUCAACCUAAUGCACAAACCCUGUCUGGUGCAGGUGUUGCCACUGGACCCACACUUCCUCAGCACCUUGCUAUGCAUCCCUACUCCCAACCUAGUCUUCCUCUGGGACAUUUUGCUAACAUGAUUAGCUAUCCAUUCUUGCCUCAGAGCUAUACCUAUAUGCCAUCAGCUUUUCAGCAGACUUUUGCUGGAAAUAACACGUAUCCCCAAUCUCUGGCAGCAGUGCUUCCACAGUAUAAAAAUAAUGUUUCUGCCAGCAGUUUGCCUCAGUCUGCUGCUAUUCCUCCUGGAUAUGGCUUUGGCAGUUCAACAAGCAUUCCUGGAGGAAGUUUUUCUUUGAAUCCGCCUGCUGCUCCUACUGGGACAACCAUUGGAUAUGAGGAUGUUAUAAACUCCCAGUUUAAGGACAACAAUCAUAUGAUGUCACUACAGCAGAACGAGAAUUCUCCCAUGUGGGUUCAGGGCCCUGGCUCUCGAACAAUGUCUGCAGUUCCUCCCAGCAACUAUUAUAACUUGCAGGGACAGAAUCAACAACAACCAGGUGGAUUUCGGCAAAGGCAUCAGCAGCAGCAGCAGCAGCAGCAGCCUUUACAGCAUUUUGGACCCCUUGGGUACCCUAAUUUCUACCAAUCUCAGACUGGCAUUUCUCUGGAACAGCAGCCACAAAAUCCUCGGGAAGCAUCCUUGGGUGGUCCGCAAAGCCAACCAUCCAAGCAGUCCCAACAAAUAUGGCAAAACAGCUACUAAUCUUAAUCACCUCCCGGUUUUUCAGGGUAUUUAUGUGAGUUUAAAAGUGGCUAAUCAGAGGCAUUCACGGUCUAGUAACUUGUCAUUGUUUGGUCUCUAGAGACCAUGAGCCCAUUGCCACGAGGUUGUAUUCUACAUAAUUAUAUUCGUCAUGUUUAACGUAGGUACUAAGUGUGCUGCUAAUUUGGUUUAUUCGGUACUUUUUUGUUUUUUGUUUCCUAAUAUUUUCAUCUGAUCAUAGUGGAAAUCUCUUUUGGAUAACAUUCUCACCUGUUAUAA